AUGCUCGCGGCACACGAUCAAGAAAAUCGGGUGUUUGCCCAUCACGCUGCGGCCAACAAUAAGCAACAGCAAUUACAGCCCAAAACACCUGGAGCUCGAUUUCCCAAGACUCCGUUAAAGGUGCCCCUGAAUGAUGAGAAUGCAACUCGGGGGCUUGGAGGGAAGAGCGUGUUGACUGCGAAGGGUGGCAACGAAAAUGUCAGGACGAUUGGCAAGGGGAAAGGCCUGGACAAGUCUAAUCUUUUGACUCCGAUGGGUAAGAAGUCCUGGAUGAGUCGACCGAGUCUUAUAUGUGUCGAGGACAACUCAGCUGACCCUUUACCCGUAGAACCUCGAACAGCACGCGCACCUCUCGGAAACAGAACGACCAAUGCCAAAACUGGGACGGUUCAGGCUGGAGGCGUGAAAGGCUUGGUUCGUGAAUUUGAGAAGACGCAGGAGCCAAGGAGCACUGCUCGCCGGCCGCGUAUCAAGUCACCCCAAACCGAAUCAUUCAGACUGGAGGUGCACAAUGACAAGAAUGGCCCUCUGGGGGAUGAGGAAGACAUUGAAUACACGCCGCCCCGGCCAAGAGAGGCACCAUAUCAGUCUGACGUCUUCCCUGAUGGAGUAUUGACAUUCGAUGGACUGAAGCCCGAGAACAGGCUCAAGGGGUACUACCAAUACUACUACAACCCCAUUGGGGAGGACGGCAUGUCCCUCAAAGAGCGGCAAUUCAUCGAGCAGCAACAACGAGCUUUCAAGAACCUAGACGAUCAGAUCCAGAAGGACAUGGAUGAGUUUGACUGGACCAUUGGCGAUAUACCCGGCAGCAAGGAUUUCCUGAAGAAGAAGCAGAGUACUACCGGGGCGGCAGCAGGAAGCAAGGUAGUGCAUCAGACCGCGACGAAGCCUCCUGGGACCAUCGCCGCCAGAAAAGCGGCGUCCGCUCUAUCAAUGGCUUCGAAGCCCACCACUGCCCUUCAGCCCAAGCCAGUGAAGCCUGUCAAUACGAGGCCUCUAUCCUUCCUGCAAAACAGCAGGAAGCCGGUUGCUCGACCUACUAUUCCCAAGCCAUCCGUGUCAGAUGCGACCACAGGUGCAGCAGCGUCGAGAACUACCCUCGGAUACAACAAGGGCCGAACGACGUCGUCUAUGCUGCACGGGCGUAGGGAAGCGCCGAACCCUACACGUACCUUCGCAAGAAGCUCCAGCACCGUCUCUUCCGGAUCUGACUCUACUAUCACGCCUGCACGUUUUGCUCAGCGACAGGUGAAGGACUCGGAGCAAGACGACUUGCGCCGUCUCGAGUUUCUCUCCAUCUUUGAUGUCGACGAGGACGAUGACGGCAAUUUGGCUGGUGAGCCUGUCAACGACGAUGUUGAUGAUGGGUUCCAGCUCAACAUCAACUUCUAA